GGCUCAUGGGCUGCGCUAACGGUCGCUCUGCGCGGCGUCUCCUCCACAGCGACUGCGUGGUGGACGAGAAGACGGUGGAGCUCCAGAAGAAGGAGAACGAGGGCUUCGGCUUCGUGCUGCGGGGGGCCAAAGCGGACACGCCCAUCGAGGAGUUCACCCCCACCCCCGCCUUCCCGGCGCUGCAGUACCUCGAGUCGGUGGAUGAGGGGGGCGUGGCCUGGCAGGCGGGGCUCCGCACGGGAGACUUCCUCAUCGAGGUGAACCAGGUGAGCGUGGUGAAGGUUGGCCACAGGCAGGUGGUCAACAUGAUCCGUGUGGGCAGCGACCGGCUGCUCAUCAAGGUGGUGACGGUCAGCCGCAGCCCCGAGCCAGACGACACCGCCCGCAAAAAAGCCCCUCCACCUCCAAAGAGAGCCCCCACCACUGCCCUCUCCAUGCGCUCCAAAUCGAUGACCUCUGAACUAGAAGAACUAGACAAGGUGGACGAGGCCCAGCCGCCGCACAAGAACCCCGACAUGAAGGUGGCCACCAUCAAACCACGCCCCUCCAGCCGCUGCCUGGUGACCUCUGAGAUGAACUCUCUGUACCACGACCGCCAGGGGGUGGCGGUGGCCCCUCCCACGGUGCCCGGGGGCCUUCUGGGAGUACCUGCCAAGAGCACCAUCAAGAAACAGAAGUCCAUAGGGACCGAGGAGGAGACGCUGGGCUUCCUCACGCCGCCAUCGCUCAAGUUCUCCCGCAGUCUUUCUAUGCCGGACACCUCAGAGGACAUCCCCCCUCCGCCCGCCGUCUCCCCCCCCUCCCCCCCCGCCUACAACGCCCCCGCCAGCCAGACCCUGCGGGGCUACGGCGCCCGGCCCGGGUUCACGCACAACGCCAACGCCGUGAGCACCAUGGGCCGGGACGCGGGCACCCUGCGGCGCGGCUACUACCGGCAGAGCUCGGAGCAGUUCGAGAGCAGCCGGCUGCGGGGCCGCGCGCCCGUGCCCGAGAACCCGUACUCCGAGGUGGGCAAGAACCUAUACGUGCCCGCCAAGCCGGCCCGGAGGAAGGGCAUGCUGGUGAAGCAGCCCAACGUGGAGGACAGCCCCGAGAAGAGCGGCCACAAGGCGGCGUCCGGGCCGGCCUCUAUGCCCUCCACGCCCACGGAGCGCACCUGCUCCUCCAUCCCCAUCCCCACCAUCAUCAUCAAGGAGCCCUCCACCAGCAGCAGCGGCAAGAGCAGCCAGGGCAGCAGCAUGGAGGUGGAGCCCACCACCCCGGAGCACCCCCCCCUCGCAGCCGCCGGGGGCGGGGGGCUGCGGCCCGGGGACUCCCUCGCGCUCAGCAACCCCUUCGCCGCCGCCAUCGCCGGGGCGGUGCGGGACCGGGAGAAAAGGUUGGAGGCCAGGAAGAACUCGACGGCGUUCCAGUCGAUCGACGCGGGGGACGAGGACGGCCCCACCCCCGCCCCCCGCCUGCGCCAGUCCCGCUCCAUCGACGAGGGCAUGUUCAGCGGCGACGAGCGGCUGCGGAGGGCCGCCAUGCCCCCGCUCUCCAUCCAGCUCGGGCGUCCCCUGGGCGGCGGCGGCGGCAACCUGACCGACGUCAACAGCCCCGAGCCCGCGGUGGUCCGCGAGCCGCUCAACACCCGCACCGGCCAGUGCCCCAACCUGGACAGCCCCCUCAGCCUCCCGGCCACGCCCCCUAAGAGCCACAACGGGGCCGCCGGUACCUACCUCCACCCCGUCACCGGGAAAGCCUUGGAUCCCAACUCCCCCCUCGCCCUGGCCCUCGCGGCCCGGGACCGCGCCAUGAAGGAGCAGCACGGCCACCAGAACCCGGCCCCCUCGCCCCCCAGGACGGAGCCCCAGUCCCUCCCGUCCCAGCCCGGCCACAAGGCCGAGCUCAUCCAGCCGCUGUUCAUCGACACCAAGCUGCGCUCCGGCAUGGAGGCGGGCUUCGGCCCCGCCGGGACCGCCACCGUGGGCCGGGCGGGCCGGGGAGGCCGGGGGGGCCGCGGGGGGCUGCGGCGCCAGAUGACGGAGCAGAGGUACGAGACGGACGGGGCGCGGGAGCAGAGGCAGCACCAGAAGCUGGAGCAGAGGAAGAGCGCCCCGGUGGAGGCCGUGGAGCCCCCCGCCGGGCUGCUGAUGGUCCACACCGAGGAGGGGGGCCGGGAGAGCGACCGCCCCACCGAGCUGAAGGACCCCGACCCCCCCCACAAGGCCGGCGCCCCCAGGGCCCCGCCCUCCUCCGACCCGCCGGCGGCCCUGCGGCGCGGCGUGGCGGCCGGCGAGUCCCUGGACGAACCGGUGAAGCUUCCCUUCCGGAUCCCCCCCCCCCCGCUGGCGUCCGUGGACAUCGACGACGAGUUCGUCUUCUCGGAGCCGCUCCCCCCGCCGUUGGAGUUCGCCAACAGCGUCGACGUCCCCGACGACCAGGCCGGCGCCAUCGCCGAGAUGAUCCAGCGGCAGCGGCAGAACGGGGGGCCGCACCACGCCCCGCCCCCCACGGGGGCGCACCACCGGCGGGGCUUGCUGACCAACUGCAUGCCCCCGGCCUUCCCCCCCCAGGACCCGGAGCGCCGCGUGGGCGACUCGUGCGGCGAGGAGGCGGACGGGCGGAGCGGUGGGGAGCCCGGCCGCGCCGAGACCACCAGCACCGUCUCCAGCGUCUCCACGCUGUCCUCGGAGGGGGGCUUCUGCGACCUGGAGGGCCUCUACGCCGACGGCCACGCCUUCUUGCUGGACCGCCCCCCCGUCCCGCCCAAACCCAAGGGCAAGCCCCUCAUCAACCGGACGUCCCUCUACCACGACGCCCUGAUCGAGGAGCCGCCCGAGGCCUUCGGCUCACCGCCACAGGCUCCUCCCCCUCCUCCUGGUUCCGACCCCCCCCCCGCACAACGGACCUCCAAGCUGUGGGGGGAGCAGCCCGCCGAGCUGCGCAGCCCGCCGGCCACGCCCGACCCCAAGAACACCGUCAUCAGCGAGCUCAGCUCCAUCCUUCAGCAGAUGAACCGCGAGAGGCCCCCCAGGACCGAGGGCCUGGACUCCCCCACAGGGGCCCGGGGCGUGUUCGGCUCCAGGACCCCUGCAGAUGAGGCGGCCACGCGGCCGGUGGCCGGCCUCAGCGCCACGCCCCCUGCCGGCCUCCCACCCCCCCCCCAGCAGCCCCGCACUGGCAGCCCGCCCGACUCCGGCGCCUCCUCGCUCACCCCCUGCUCCUCGCUGCCGCCGUCCGCCUCCCCCACGCUGACGGAGGCCUUCGGCCUGGCCACGCCCCCGCUGGGCGGCGGCUACAGCCUGGGCUCCUCCUCCUGCGGAGGCUCCUCCCGCUCGCCCUCGCCGCUCUCCCUGCUGCAGGCCGCCGCCGCCGCCUCGGGGAAGCCCUUCGCCGGGAAGCCGGUGGACCUGUGGAGCAAGGCGGACGUGGCGGACUGGCUGGAGAGCCUGAACCUGGCGGAGCACCGCGACGCCUUCCUGGACAACGAGAUCGAGGGCGCGCACCUGGCCUCGCUGCGCAAGGAGGACCUGAUCGACCUGGGGGUGACGCGGGUCGGCCACCGCAUGAACAUCGAGCGGGCGCUGAAGCUGCUGACGGACAGAUAGGCCCCCGAGAGGGGGCGGGGCCACCCACCGGGAGGGGGCGGGGCCACCCGCUGGGAGGGGGCGGGGCCACCCACCUGGAGGGGGGGGGGGCCAACCGCCGGGGGCUCCUAGGGGCGGCGGUCGGGGCGGUCGACGUCCCCCCCCCCCCCCGUCUGGCGUCGCCAUGGAGACGGGGUGUGAUGGGAGGGGGUCCCGCCCCCGUGUCGACACCCCUCCUCCGUCGACCAGAGGAACGACCUGUGUAUCCUCUGGGUGGGCGGACUGGGAGGACUGGGAGGACUGGGAGUCCUCCUGAGGCUGGCCAGCCACUCCGUGCUGCUCCCCAGCUGAGCUGGACAGCGCUCCUUUUCUAUCUUUGCUAGAGUUGCUCAGAAAUAGUAUUUCUUCACCGUUUUGUUUGAAAAUAGGAAUCUUAUCCCACUUGAUUAGUACAGCGAUCUUGUGUAUACUAAACACACAAACACACACCUUUUUCACAGUGCCACAUACCAACACACACAAACACACACACUCAUGGGUUCACCUUUUUCACUACCUUUCAUACCACACUCACACAGACACUAUGCUAGCACACAGAUAACACACAACCAUGCACAUUCACAACGUUGUCACUGCAAUGGCCUUCUCCUCCUCUUCCUCCUCCUCCUCCUCCUCCUCAGAAAGAGCAGUGCAUGAUGGGAGGGGCCCUACUAGGAAGCCCCAUUGUAGCAGGUUACAGUCCAGCGUCUGUCCCCAUCCCUCAAUACUAGAACCAAAGUCCCUCACCAGUAGAACCAGUCCCUCACCAGUAGAACCAGUCCCUCACCAGUAGAACUAGUCCCUCACCAGUAGAACCAGACCCUCACCAGUAGAACCAGUCCCUCACCAGUAGAACCAGUCCCUCACCAGUAGAACCAGUCCCUCA